AUGUGAAUGAAAUAUUUAAAUGUUCCUAUAAACUCAGUUGCUAAAUAACCAAGCUUUGAAUUACUGGGGACGAUAGACAAGAAAGCUAAGAGAUAUAAACUUCAAAUUAUUUCAUUUGCAAAAAAUGAAAGAAAAUACUUAAUAUUUAUACUAAGGAAAAUUGUGUGGAUAUUCUAUUUGAUAAACCUUAGCCUGUUUUACAGGAUACAGAUAUUGUAUUAGUACUGCAAUGCUAUUUUAACUAUUUCAUCAGCAUAGAUUUAUCAAAUACCCAGAGAAAGAUAAUAAAACACCAGUAUGGAAACGCCCUAAAAAGCUAUUAUGAAACAGCUACUUAAGAUAUAAAACAAAAAUUAGCAAAUCUUGCUUAGAGAGAAAAUGAGAUACAUAAUGGGAUGUGGGGAAAAUCUGGUUUAAUAUUGAGAUUCAGAGUUGAUGUAGUUUAUGACAUAGCAAGGCCAUUCUUAAAACGAUAUAAAAUAACAUUUAGUUAUUUAGAAACAACUACUAUCUUUAAUCUAGAAUCCUCUGAAUACAAGUGAGAAAGACUAUAGAUGGCACACUGAAAAGGGGUCCCAUAAGCAGAUAAAUUGGAGAACAUGGUAGAAUAUAUGCCGUCUGGAAAUUCAUAAACACUUUAGCAUAUUAUAGGUUUUGAGUAGCCCUGCAGUAGAUGCUUGUUUAGCUUUGUUUCAUCUAGAAUGUCCCGAAUUUAUUUGAACUCAGUACCCAUUUUUAGGUAAAAGGGCUUAUUUGUUUUGUUUUUCACAUAAAAUUAUAAACAUUUUGGGAUGGUGGCAUUUUCUAGAGUUGACUUUGAGAAUUUCAGCUCUCUACCAAUCAAACAUAAACAAGCAGGAAUACUGACCAUGCUUGCAUUCAGCAUUCAGGAGUUUUUCACAAUUUUACAGUUAAAUUGUAUUCGUUUCCUGCAAAAGCAUUUUUUUAUGCAAAUAUACUGUCCAGACUUAGGGAGUUAAUACUCUUGCCCCUUUCACUCUUGGUCAGAUCACAUUUUGAGAUUUGUGUCUGGUGCCGGACAUUGGCUAACUGUAGUGUGAUACAGAUUAUCGACCUGGAUGGUGGGACAUUUGAAACCAUCCCCAAAGACGUAGAGGUGAAGGCCUGCAUGUGAUUUAGGGCACGAGGGUCCCUGUGCCACUCAUUAACCUGCUGUCCAUCAGCUCUAAACCCACUCGUCCACAUUCUACUUUGUGAAGCCAGGGCUGGGACUCUGCACAUUUUACUGCUCUUUAGAAAUAAAGAGCUGAAAGGUGAGGCAGCCGGAGUCCUGGUAGGCUUAGCCAAGAGGAUGCUGGAGGGAGAUUGGAAGGCAGGGGGAGGAGAGAAGGAUCUGACACAUUCCUGUUUCUGGCUCUCAGCAUCUCGCCAGCAACGACAUUUCACCUGCAGUAGCAAUUGUCUCUAGCACCAGUUGCUUCCAGUUUGUAAGUUCUUUCCACACACCCAGCAUUGGUGUUCCUGCUCUUCCUUAAUCCUAUCAGCACCCGCUGGAGAGUGCCCCCUCCUAAAAGCUCUCCGAUCCCCUGCCCUGAAGCAUUCCCCACCCAUCCAAGCCCCUGUGGUACUAGUUCAGCUCGGCAGUGUUCCCUUCCUCAGAGGUCUGAUUCCUGGCUUGUGGGGUCCCUCCUCCAAGUUUCUAGAUUCUGACAAUCUCAGCGUCUUCCCCCAACUCUAUCAUCAUGUAGAGGAGAAUGAUGUUAUUUGGUGAGGGCCUUGAGAACAGAACUAGAACUAGUGGGUUGAAGUAACAGAUUCCAAUCAUUAAAAGUACCAAAAAAUUGAAUGGGCUGGACUGAAAUUUCCUAUCCAUUAAUUUAAUCGAAAGAAGGGGGGACUGCCACUCAAUGAACAUACUGAAAGGGGAUUUAAAGCAUCAGAUAGGAGAUUGGACUGCAUGAGAUCUAAGGUUCUUCCCAUUGGGACGAUUCUACAAUGUAACCUAUAAUAAAAUAUAACUACAACUGCCAUUAUUAACUCCUCAUUCAGUAAAAACUAACUCCCCGAUUCCUUACUUAUAUUAUUUCCAAUGCUCAUAACAACCCUAUGUUAUUUUAUCAUUCCCAUUUUAUAAAUGUAGAAAAGGGAACUGAGGCUCAUGCAAGGUAAUUAACUGGCCAGGAUCCCAAAGUGUUCAAGAGAAGGCCGGUGAAGGCAGGAUUUGGACUCUUGUGGGUUCCACCGCCUGCUUCCUAACAAAUCUCAGACGUGAAACUCUGAAACAUUCUUUUCUGGCAGUCUCAUGGUGCCUGAAUCCAGCUAAACAAUGCUUUAUUUCAACUUGGUCCCUUGUGGUUUUCGUUUUUGUUUUUUACAGAAUAAAGGUGGAGGAAAGGCAAUGAGAAGCAAUGAAUGAAGUGAUAACAACUGGAAAAUAGCUACGCAUUCAUCAAACCCAUCAUACUGAUCCAUACCCCCUGCCAUUUGGACAUGCUGCUGCCCCCAUCAGCAAUGCUCUUUCUGUCUUUAGCUGCCUCAUAAACUCCUAUACAUCCUUAAGGUCCAGCUUAUACACUUCCAGGUACACCUUCAGGCUCUGUCCUUAUCCUAACACACCAGUUCUGAGGAUAUUGCACAAAUUAGAGGUGGUUACAGGUGAGUCACCUGUGGAAGUAUCAUUCCAGGAGGGCAAAGGCAGAUUAGGAAGCCAGAAGAAUGGAACUAACGUGAGUGGCCAAUCUGGCUAACUCCACUGGGAAGGUUUCUUGGCAUCAACCUGAAGGCUUCAUCUUCAGACAGAAUUAGAGGCUCUUGCAUUUUUGCACGUGUGUCAUUAUUAAACCUAACAACAGAUUGUUUUACCUUUUUUUAUUGUUACUAGUUUGUCUGACUUUCUUUGAGGGCAGUAAUUGAUUGACCUUCGUAUUUCCAGGACCCUAGCAGAUAUGUGAUGGUAAGUAUCCAAAACAUAUGUUCUUGAGGCAACAUGGUAUAUUAGAGAAAGCAGAGGAUUUCAAGUCAAUUCCUGGUUUAGGAUCAUGAACAAGAUUACACAAUUUUUCUAAGGCAUAUUCUUCCCACAGAGGAGAGUUUCAAGACGGGAGUGGUCACAGGGGCAAGAUAAUUUACUUUUUCUAAGCCUAACUGUUCCAAGAGACCUCUUUGUGGUUUCUAAUGCUAUGCAAAGGUCAUGUGGUAAAGUGUCCAUUGACUUCAGCAGAAAGAUUAUUAGCGGCCAUUCUGAAACAGGCACCCAUGGGGUAGUAAGGGUUGAAGCAGGUUGCAGUGAGCCAAAUAUCACACGGGACGUAAAGAAGAGGAGAUGAGAUUGCAGACAAUUCUCAUGAACAUUUAUUGUAAAUAGAGGCGAUGGGCAAUAGUUACAAUUAGCUGUGGUUCAAAGGGUUUUGUUUUAUUGGUUUGAAGAGGGGAAGAGUUGAGUAUUUAAAUGUCUAAAGGGAAGAGGCAAUCUAGGAAAUGGGAACAGAAGUGGAGAUUUAUUCGAGAUAAGAGGAUGACAGGGAAAAGGACAGUGUGGCUACAGACAAGGUAAUAGGGCUACUGGUGGCAAAGAAUUGAGGUAGCUCCAGCCUGGACUUUUAAGAGCAACCAGUAGCCGAGCACAGUGCUUCAGAGCACAGGCCCUGGAGGCCGACUCUGGACUGCAAUCCCAGCUCACCCUCCGCCUGUAGACCCUGGGACAAGUGAUCUAACACGCCAGAGCCUUGUUUCCCAGAUGGUGAUGAUCACGCACCUACCCUCUGGAGUUGGUGGAAGGGGUUGAGUCAACAUGUGUAAGUCCACGCAACAGUGCUGAGCGUAAGUUCCAUGUAGGUGUUAGCUGUUAUCAGUGUGUGAAGCAACCGUCUGCCUCCUUCUGCUGGAAGUGACCGGGAGGGAGAUGGUGGGCUCAGAGAUUUUAAUAGCGGGAAGACAGUUUGAAGGGAACGCUGCAGAGUACAGAAAAGAAAGCUAGUGCAGCAUAAAGAAGUGGAAGCAGCGGUGAGCAGCCAGUUUAAGCUGGAGAUGACGAAUAUGUAUUGCAGAAUCUUCAAAUCUCCCCACCUCCCACCCCUUCAGCAUAGUUCUUGACAGCGAGAAGGCAGAUCGUUGGAUGGAUCCAACUGGAAGUUGUGAUGGAAGAACAAGGAGGUGAUGGAAUUGAGAACCUUGAUGACAGACUAAAGUGAGGGACCAUGGAAUCUAAGUCAGUUGUGUUAAGAAGUGGGCUCCAUAGAGAAAGAGUAGAGAGAUGAGGAAUAGAAAAGAUAGAAAAUUGGUAUAAUGUAGUUGUCUGUGUGAGAGAGGGGGAGGGAUUGGGAAUUGCGGCAACCUGACAUCCCUAAUGCUGCCGAUGCUCUCCAGACAGAUAGGGACCACACGGGAGGGGCGGGGCCCGGGCCCGGACAAAGAGAAUUGUGAUGGGGCGGGGCUCCGCGACCCACUGUCACUCGUCGGGCUCAGGCCGUGGGCGCCGGGCGCUCGAGGCUCUGCAGCAUGUGCCUGCGCUGUACGGAGGACGACUCUACCCAGGUCAACCCCGUGAGUGCUUACCCAGGCCUCGCCCCGGAGGCCGCGCUCCUGCCCUGGCGCGGGUUGGUGCUGGGGGUGGGAAACCCCGGGGAAGGACCAGGGAGAUACCAUCCUUCAGAGGUCACUGCAAGGCAGUCCAUGGCUAGACGUAUUGAGAAUAUGCAAAACCUGAGGAAAGAAAAGAGGAAAUUUAGCAAACGGUUUUCAAGGCCUACUCCUGUUCCAGAACCAGGCCUCCUCGUAAGUACAGAGGCUUCACUGAAGCUCACUGACCCUUCAAUGCAACAGACAUCCUCAUUUUUCAUUGGACAUAAAGCUGGAAUCUGUAUGGAAGAAAUCACGUGCCAGACCAAAAUAUGGAGAUUUCUAACAUCAAGUGACAUUUUGUGAUUUACCUUCAUUUGAAAAAUAAAGGCAAUAUUCUGCCAUUUCAGCAAAAUAAAAACAGUGCAACCAUUUAACAUCCAAGCUACAGGCUCUAGAACUUUAUUAAAUUUCAUACCUCACUACCACUUUCUUUUCUGUGCUAAA